AUGGCGUGGCAGAAUCUACAAGCAGUUGGCAGAUGUUUGCGCUGGACACCAGUCCGGAGAGCACUGCGACGUCGACGUCAAUCAGAACCAGGACAGGCUAUGAAUGCAGUGACCCAGCCGAGCCAUACCACCGACGUCGUCGAGUACGAAAAGGAGAAUAUCGGAGCAAAGUAUGGAAUGAAAGCUGGAAUAUUUGCAGCGAAAUUUGCGUCCGACACACUCAAGGAGAUCCUCAAGGAUGCAAAGAAAAUGGCUCUGAAGGGCCUUUAUCGGGUCCGCCAUCAGCGCUUCCGAGUUCAGGUGGCCUUCCAAUGA